GUUUUGGAGAUAUCUCUGAUACUUUAGAAUUUUUCCAGAGUUGCUGCUGUAAAAUCACUGAGCCUUCAUAUAAUGAUGAGUUUCGCUUUACUAUUUUUGAAAAGAUGUCUUGUCGUGUUUGGUAUACAGCUGACAAACUUAAUGGUGAAGGUUAUGCAUUUCAAGACGAUAAUACACCUGUACAUGGCAUAUGA